AUGAGCCACCCGUACUUCCCCAUCUCCGCCCACCUGCCGGGCUAUGUUCCCCUGGAGGUCGACUUUGCCUACAUUCUCGCCACAGUGGGAACUGCCGCCGUAGCUGUGUAUGCUGCAAUCUGGCUGAUCUCAGGAUAUGUCGUGCUGGUACCUACCUUCUACAAGGACCCCCCUGGGACGUUCCUGUCUGAUGUCUGGAAGGAGUACGCCCACGCCGACUCGCGCUACGCCACCCGCGACGCCUUUGUCAUCUCCAUGGAGGCCAUCACUGCCUUCUUCGAUGGCCCCGGCUGCCUGUUUGUGGUCUGGGGCCUGCUCCACCGGGCACCCUGGCGGUACACCCUCCUGAUCAUCGUCAGCGUCGCCCAGAUCUAUGGCGAUGUGCUCUACUACGCCACCUGUUACCUGGAGGACUUCAAGCACUCCCGCCCCGAGAUGCGCUACUUCUGGAUCUACUUUGUGGUCAUCAAUGCCAUCUGGAUCGUGGUUCCGGGGUACUGCAUCCGCCACUCCUGGCACGCUAUCUCCCGCGCCCUCCACCAGUCCGCCUCCAAGCAGAAGAGGCGCUGA